UUUGAUGCUAUUAUAUAUAAUACUAAACUAGCUAGUACACCUGAAAAUAGUAAUCAGAUGAUCAUGGCGGCUUCUGAAACUCCUGUAAUUACUACUCGUGCCGGCAAAAAAUCUGCUACGCGGAGAUUCGUGGGCGUACGGCAAAGGCCGUCGGGGCGGUGGGUGGCGGAGAUCAAAGAUUCAUCUCAGCGUGUGCGGCUAUGGCUGGGGACUUACGACACAGCAGAAGAGGCAGCUCGGGCGUACGACGAAGCCGCAAGAGCCCUUCGCGGGGAGAAUGCUCGCACCAACUUUGCGCCGGCGCCGGCGCCGGCGAGUCCUAAUUCAUCACUCCACUCCGAUCAGUCUGCAGGGUCGUCAUCGGACGGUAAUAAUAAGCAUGGGCUGAGCUUCUCUUCGUUGAAAGCCAAACUGAGCAAGAAUCUGCAGAGUAUCAUGGCGCGGAGGAACUCGGAGAACAAGUACUCAUCUUCCAAAAGCAGAGUGAGCGAUCACUUCACCUUCGCCAGUAUCUUCCACCUGAGGAACAGUUACAAUAAUUACCAGUUCCAACACGGCCCGGCGGCGGUUGACAUGAAGAAGAUGGAGAAAGCGGUGGUGCAGCCCAGCAUCGUGGUGCCGUCUGCUGCUGCGGAAGAGGCGGCGGCGGCAUAUUAUUGUUCCUGGGAAACAUCCUCGGAUUGCAGCAGCGAGUGGAUGAUGGGUUUCGGCCACCGGCAGCACAUUAAUAAUCUGGACUCCGAUAAUGGAUCUGAGGCUAGUGAAGCCGCCUUUCUUGGCGAACAGGACCCGCAGAUGAUGGGUGGGGGGUGGGGUAGUAGUCCGGACACCAUGAGCGCUAGCAGCAGCGGUGAAUUAUUAGGUUCCAGGAGCAAGAGGUUCAAAGUCUCUUCAUCCGUACUUGUUCCCCCAACCUUUACACAAUCUUGAUUAGUGUAACACCUGCUAAAUCAAGUUGUGAAACAUAGUCUUUCUAGUGUUGUUUACCUUAAUUUCUUGUAUGCUUUGUCAGCUA